AGGUCAGACGUCGCUUUGCUUUCAAUGGCGCUGCUGGUGCAGUUGUGUAGGGGGACCGCUGCUUUCCCCAGGGGGCUGAGCCGGGGGCUAUGGUGCGGGGUGGCCGGGGCGGGGUUGAUCCUCAGCCCUAUCCCCGUCCGGGCAGUCACAGUAACAGCAACAGCAGCGUUCAGAAGUCAUCUUUGCCCAUUAUGGCAGCACACAAAAUACUCCAUUUGCAGUCUGCAUUAUUUCAGUACAAUGCCUCCACCACCAACUGGAGGGGAAAAAAACCCGAGGACUAAAAAGUAUGGGCCUGUCACAUGGAAGUCUUUAGCGGUCACCUUUGCUAUAGGAGGAGCACUGCUAGUCGUCAUGAAAUACUUUAAGAAGGAAAAAGAAGAAAAGCUUGAGAAGGAGCGGACCCGUAGCUUUGGAAAGGCAGCACUUGGAGGACCCUUUUCAUUAAUUGAUCACAGAGGGCAUCCCAAGACAGACAAAGACUACCUUGGACAGUGGGUCUUGAUAUACUUUGGAUUCACACACUGUCCAGACAUUUGCCCUGAAGAAGUGGAGAAAAUGAUUGCCGUUGUGGAUGAAAUUGACAGAAUCCGCUCUUUAUCAAAUCUGACGCCUCUUUUGAUCACAAUUGAUCCAGAACGGGAUAAUAUCGAAGCCAUGGCAAGAUAUGUCCAAGAGUUUUCUCCAAAAUUAAUCGGUCUGACGGGCUCGCAAGAUCAAAUAAACCAGGUAUCGAAAGCAUACCGAGUCUAUUAUAGCCAAGGACCCAAAGAUGAUGACAAUGAUUACAUUGUUGACCAUACAAUAAUCAUGUAUCUUGUUGGCCCCAGUGGAGAAUUCUUGGACUACUAUGGUCAGAACAAGACGAGUGCAGAGAUUUCUGCAUCUAUAGCUUCACAUAUGAGAAAAGCUAAAAAACGGUAGUGAAAAUAAGUAACUGCACAAAAUACCUACCAAAGCCUGGCUGAUCAUUUUGGAUAAAAGUGUACAUUACUACAAAUAAAAAUAAAUUGGUACAAUUA